AUGCUUCUAAAUGACUCUCGGUAUCGGACAGAUGACAUACAGAGCCGGGUCCGCAGACCGGGUGACAAAUUGUCCGCUUCCAUCAGGCUGCCUCUGAUCAAACAGAUCGAUUCGGGGAAAUAUCACAGCGGCCUCAGGAUCUUUCAAAAAUUGAGAGGAAGUGUCAACAAAGCGGAGCGAAGAAAGAAAAUCCACAAACACAGCAGCCACCUGAU